CCCCCCCUCCCAAUCUCUCACACUUUCUCUUCUCAAUCUCUUCUUCUUCCCAUUUUAAAAUUCGAAAUUACCCUCUUUCUAUUCAACAUGAAUCAUUCCGGCUCUGGCUUCUUUCCCGACGAUCUCCCACCCGUCGACGCCGCGAUGUGGUAUUACCAAGAGUUGGGCGAUCGACCGCCGAUGUACGAGACGCAACAAUCGGGGUACGUCGACCGAGAUUCGGUUCCGGAGACUCAACCGGAACCGUCCGGAUCGAAAAAAAGUACACGCCGGAGGAGCCACAAAGCCAAAAGCACGUUGACCGAGGCGGCACGGUCAAUCCAAAAGUGGACGCCGGAGGAGGAGUGCAUAUUGGCGUCGGCUUGGGUUGACGUCUCCGAGCAUCCUAUCAUUGGUANUACGAGACGCAACAAUCGGGGUACGUCGACCGAGAUUCGGUUCCGGAGACUCAACCGGAACCGUCCGGAUCGAAAAAAAUUUACGAGGAAUGCUCCCGGUCCCGGAGGAGCGGCACAAAACGACGCCGAUGUUCUCCGGGUUGCCACGACCCGGUAUCAAGACGACGGGAACCAAGGCAAGGUGCCCAUCGAUCUUUGGACGAUUUUGAGUCGUUCCCCGAAGUGGCAACAACUCAACAAUCCCGACGGCGGAUCGUUCCGGAAAAGAUCCACCGUCGACGCCGAGGUUGAGGUCGACGAGACCAUCGGUUCUACCGAUCAAAUCCCUUCCUUCAACGUUGCGGAUUCCGAUGACGAAGACCUCAUUCCACGGCCGAUCGGAAGAAAGAAGGCAAAAUCCAUUGCCUCUGGUUCGGGAGGGUCCGCCUCUAUUUCCGCUUCUCCCCGCGACGAAAUCGGCCGGGCAAUGUGUAAUGUACUGUUGCUCACCGCCUUCUUCCUUAUCUAUUCUUCACUGCCUUCUUCGUUCUCCAAUCUUCUCCUCCACUCUGUGUCUUUCGACAAAUGCAUCACUCUCGCACUCUUCUGCAUUCUGUUCUUCCGACGUCGAGGCAUUCUUUGUUCCAGCUUUCUCACUGGUGGAAUCCUUGGUAUCUUUAUUGCCGUGGUCGGAAUGGUUGUGUAUGAUGCAAUGGCACCUAAUGCUUUUCCUGCAUCGUCAAAUUUUAAUGAUGUUCCGAGCUCAUCGUCUCAUCAACAUACUGACGAUAUUAAUACAUUGUCUGAUCAAUUUUUAGAAGUGUUGAAGGCAGCUGACGAGCCGUUAUAUCCUGAUUGCGAUGAGAAAUCGACAUUAGCUGCCGUGUCAGAAAUCUUGAGCAUAAAUAGCAUUCGCGGUAAGGGAAGCUUUCAGCGUUCUCACUCUCGAGCACCACCGGAAUCACCAUCUACCACUACCCCUCAGUCUAUAUUCAAUGCCGGUGGCGACUUGGAGGCUGAGGUUGAGGGCGAGGGCGGAGGAGGCGGCGAAGGAGGAGACGAAGUUUCAACGGAGGCUAGUGCAGUGCCGUACGGGGAUCUUCCGCGCUUGAUCACUAAGGCCGAACUGAAGGGCGAACAAGCUGUCCUAAACACAAUUAAAGGCAUAAUCAAAGAAAGUUUUCAUGGGCGGUGGCAUACCUACACAACCGCCCCCAAGGAAGUUCGUCAGCGAUGGUGGAACCUGUUUCAUCUUCGUUACACCUGGUUGCCUGGGGCAUACCCGGCGGACACUGAAAAAAUCAUGAGGAGCGCCUUUAACACCCGUGGGUCCGUAUGGUUGACGAAGAGGUUCAUGAAUGCACGAAACAAAAAUAAGAAGCCGAGUUUUGUGGGAGAAGAUCACUGGGAAACGAUGGUUAAGUAUUGGGCAAGUCCAGAUUUUCGAGCAAAGAGCGUGAGGUCGAGCAAGAACCGAAACACGGAGAAGGCAAAGCAAAGGCAAUAUUAUGGGGGGCGUCGUUCUGUGAGCGAGCACAUCAAGAAGAUGGAGCAAGAGGACAAAGUCGUUCCAAAUCAACUCAAGGUCAUUAACCGCUUGUUUGUGAAGAAGGGUUCCCAGCCGUCUCAAGAAGUUGCUAAAAUCAAGAAAGACUGCAAGGAGAAGCUCCUUCUAAAGAAGCAAGCCGCAUCCGGAUCGGGGUCCAAUUCUAUAAGUCUUGAUGAUGUUGCUGAGGAAGAACUAGAAGAUGACCUUGGGUUGUAUGUCGAGGUGGUGGGGAACAACAAGAACCGGGUCUUCGGGCGGGGCUGUGAAGCUGGAUCCUCGGGAGGCACUAGUCAUGAAGACUACGCUGCCCGGCUGAAGACCGAAUUGGAGGUGAAAUUGGAGUAAAAUUUGAAGUAAAAUUUCAGGAAAAAAGUGCCGAUUUAGAGAAGAAAUAUCAUGCUCAAUCCCAUGAUUUGUUAAGUCAAUUUCAGGGAUUGAAAGAGUCGGUCAAUUAUUUGACCCAGGGCCUCAGUUUCCAGGUUCUUCGUCCGACAGUGCAGCCCCCACGAAGUCCAAGCCCUUUGCUUCAUCAACAGAUGACCCCUUCUUAUUAUUGUGCCUCGCAACCCUUGAUGUCUCCCAUGCCUGUUUUUCAACAACCUACAGUCGUCCCCCAAAUGCCAAACGUUCAAUCAGGGGGCAGAAUUCAAAUAACUGUGAUGUUAACAG